AUGCAACCCAGAACCCGCAUCAAAAGACACCAUGCCGACUUUCUCGCGCAAAAUACUACGUCCUCGUCUCAGGCCUCUUCCUCGCCGCCUACGAAGGCCUUGUGCCCCGACCCUCGCAUACUACCAGAGGUCCUCAAUGCGAGUGCAGUCGUCACCGCCACCACCGUCACCACCACCACCACCACCACACCGUAUUCCCUACCCCAUUCUUCGUCGUCCCGCAUCAGGACUGGGGCGCGCAUCCUUCCGGCUGAGGCGACGGACGAGGGGAAAUCUUUGCCUGAAGACCAAUCGCCGCUCAACACCAUAGCCACCGCCGGCUCUUCGAGGCGCGCCGCUCACCAGCCCGGCGCAAACGCCAAAGUCAAACAUCCCGUCGCUAAGGAGGUUGUCGCCAACGCGCCCAGCGCCGAACGCUCGCAGUCGCCCGUCGCCGCCGCUACCGCCGACGCAGCCCAGUCGCCCGCGAAUCGUCCCGACGUCGCCCCGCCCGCUUGCCCCUCGUCUACUCAUCCUAAUCCCGGCCCACGCAUCUCUUCAGCCGCAUACGAGGAGACAAAGAUCUACCCUCUCCAUGGCAGCACCGAGUCGCCAGAGGCCUACUGCCGAAGGCACAUCAGGACAAUGCAGGAGAUGCCGACCAACGGGCACGGCGCAUGUGCUGCCAUUGGCGCGGCGCUCGAGAUGGACGCCAUGGAGGUUCGGGGCAAGUUCAGCCGGGCCAUGAAGUACACAAAUGUCCGCGCUCGCUUCCCUGACAUCAGCGACGAGCGGUGGACGGCGAUUAGACAGCGCUUCUUGCCCGACGAAGUCCCGGAGGGAUUCGAGAAAUCUUGCGGUCCGGAGCACGCCAUCAACUCACACUGCCUCCGCAUCAUCGCGCAGAUUGAGCGCUGCCCGAUAGCUAUGUAUUCAGACCAAGGUGCAGCGAAGUCGGUGACGACUGCGUCAAGGCAAUGUCCAAGGAGAACGAGUCGCCAGAACGCUACCUUGCGCGCCAUGUCGUCAAAUACAAAUACAUGCGCACUGAGCGUAACGGCCACUGCGGGUUCCAUGCAAUCGCCGAUCAAUUGGGGAUCACGGUGA